AUGAAGACCUCAUUCGUUGCAACAUUCACCAUCUUUGCUGCAAUUUUCUGUAGCGCAGCAGCCGGUUCCAAAUCUCACGGCAAGCACUCUCGUCGCAUUCCACAUCCACCCAACCAAUUACCAAAUUGUCCCAAUUCGAAUUAUAAUGUUGGUCAAUCAAGUCCAGGUACCUUGGACUGUGGUCCAGGAAAACCUCCUUGCGUUGCAAUUCUCAACUCAGGCAAGAUUAUCAGUCAACCUAUUCCAGCAUUAAAGUGCGAUCCAAAUGGAAAAGCAUGUCAAUAUCCCGAAAACUCCAUGUUAACGGUCGAAUGUCCACAAAAGGGCAAAAUUACAGUUCAAUUCUUUGGCGAUAAGAAACUUGGACGAGCACAAAACCACAUUCAAAAUGCCUUUGCUUAUUUUAUGUCACAACAUUGCACACGUCCAAGUCGCUUGGAAUCAGCUCAAGCUGGUGAUACGUUUGUAGUCGAUUGUGAUGGUUUAACACAUGAUCCACGUUACCUUCAAGGUGGCUGUACCCCAAAUUACGACUAUAAUCGUAAAGAUUCUCCCGCAAGCUUUGGUUGUGGACCUGGAAAAGGUAAAUGUGUUACGAUUGAAGGCAAAGAAGGUAGACUUCGCCAAGAUCCAAAAUCCAAACAUCAUGGUCCUGUAGCCUGUGAUCAAACAGGAAGGUUCUGCAAGUUUACCGAUGAUUCAAGAUUUUUCAUUCAAUGCAAUCAAGGUACAUACAAAGUACAUUUUGGCGCAGCAGGAAAAAAGAAUCACUUUGACGGUCCUGUUAGCAAUUCUUAUGGUUAUUGGAUGUCACAAAAGUGUUCUGCUCCAAAUGUACAUGACAAUGAACAACUUGGUGACCUAUUGGUGGUGAACUGCAAUCCACUCGGUCCUCAAAAUUUAUAA